AUGGCACUUAAACUCCAUUGUGAACUUGCUUCUCUAACUUUGUGGCCUACCAGUCGGGCUUCCCCAGAAAAUCAUUUCUGUUGUCAAUCUGGAAAGCUCCACAGAAUCGAACAACUUCAUUUCUAUGGCCCUGUUCGAAUCCGAUAUCUGCAUGUCCUUGAUGGGUUGGACCUAUCUGUGGCUGUGGUCGACAAAGCUGUGCCUUGUUCUGGGGAUAGUUAUGGAUGGUACAAAAAACCCCUGGCACUCAUAUUUGGGAUUUGGCAAUCAGACGUCACAGGCUUUGGGCGAUGUUGGCUGAGAGUCUACAUGAACAGGGCUUGGAUUCUCUUCAACAUUUGGGUUGGAAGGAUAAAGGAAGCAUCUGAGUUAGUAGAAUUGCUACGGGAUGCUGGGUUAAGAGCAGAAUAUCUGUUUUUAUGCUGGGUUAAGAGCAGAAUAUCUGUCUGGUUAACAGGAAUUUUUGCAUCUGAAGACAGAUAUGUUCAGUUCUUUUAUGACCCAGUGACAAGUUUAUUAAGAUAUCAUAGCAGUGAGGAGGUCAUAGCUGUUAAGGAUUCCAAGCACACCUUAUAUAGUAAGAAGGCCAUUGUUGUGGCGGCUGAUUGUUGGAGUAGGUCACUGAUGCAUGACCUGUUUAGAGAGUCUGAAAUUGUGCUGGAUGCCCCUGAAAAGCCUCAAAAGGGUCACCAGUUAGUGCUCGAGAAUUUUGAUUCCCUUAAAGUUAAUCAUGUGCCUGAUGGAAAGCCAGUAAUUGGGUUUGUGCCAGGUUUGGCAAAUGUGUUUCUUGCAACCGGUCAUGAAGGAGGAGGACUUUCCAUGGCUCUGGGGACUGCUGACAUGGAAGCUGAUAUGGUGCUGGGCAAUUCGGAAAAAGUUGAUUCUGCAACUUCUGCUGUUCAAGGCCGAUAUUGUUAA